AUGAAGAAAACAGAAGGUCCCGGCCCCGGUGCCGGGGUCAGGGAAUCUCCCCGCCUGGAGAACCACUCCAGCCCCCCCGGGGGGGGAGAGAACCAGGACCUCAACGAUGUGGGUCUCCGGAGGGAAAUACGGAGCAAGUACAGAGACCUCAUCAACUCAGUGCAACAGAACAGGGAGACUUUCCUGAGUUCAUCCAACAAUGGGCUGAAUGAGGUUUUAGAAGAGGCAAAUACAUUUUUUAAGAAUGUUCGGCAGGCGAGAGAAGCCGCCCUCGAUACCAAGCUCCUGGUUGUGACCACAGACUUGGGAAAGGAGAAAGCCAGUCUGCUGUCCUCUGAGGCCAGCAGUUUUGAUCAUAUUUUAUUUGCUGAAAAUCUUUUGACCUUCAUGGGCCUCAACCGGCUAGAGGAUAGGGAUGAGCCCCAGAAUGGAGCUGACACCGGUGGUUUCCUACCCAGAGACGCGUGGCACAGACUGGCCAAGCACACACAGAGUUGGUUCAGGGCAGCACCCUCUUUCCACUACAUGAUGGGUUCUUUCUACGCGGAGCCGCCUCCUCCAAAGCAGAGGAUAGAGCGACAAAAGAAAGUACCCAGCAAGGAAGUCAAAAGAAUAAUGCCUACUCAGCUGAAGAGAAUGGAAGAAUCCCACGAAGAAGCAACAGAGAAAGAAGUUGAAAGAAUUCUGGGAUAUCUGGAACGAUAUUCCCAAGUUGAUCCAACAUCGCCAAUAUGUUAUUUUGAGUUUGUCAUCGACCCCAACUCAUUUUCCAGGACAGUAGAGAACAUUUUCCACACGUCUUUUCUAAUAAGGGAUGGUUUGGCACGGAUGUAUUUGGAUAGUGACAAGCUGCCUUGUAUAGCUCUUGUAGAAGAGGGAGAGGUGGAUGCUGCUGCAGGUUCAUCAAGUCGCAAACAGUGUGUCGUCUCUAUCAGUCCAAAGAAGUGGAGGGAGCUAAUAAAUGUCUUUGACAUUAAAGACGCGAUAAUUAAACCCCCAGACACACCGAUGGACGAGUGACGGACCACAGUUCCAUGCUGUUGACCUGUCUUCCAAG